CUUUUAUAUCCGACGUUUGCUCGAUUUUCCAUUCUGACGGUGAUCCGGCGUCGCUGCGAUAUCUCUGCAACGUUGCUUUGACGACUCGGAACAAAAGUUUGUAUCUAUAUUAUAAUGCCCGUACACGUCUGUCCGUCCGUCCGGCUGUCUGUCACGCAAAAUGGUAGCUUAGCUGCGCAAUAGCGAGAAGCAUGCAAUGCGGUAUAAAAAGGACGGCGAACCCGUGGAUUCUCCACGGGCUAACGACUAGUAUCUAGUAUUUUCUCAACUUGCGCAUAUUAUGCGGUAUGAGGGUUGCUGAAAACGUAGAGAAAUGCUAAAAAUAAAUAAUAAAUAAAUAAUUUAUCGAUUCUCUUUGAAAACAAUCUCAUGCAAGGUCAACAACUUCAAUCAAUUGGUCAAAUCAAAGAGGGAAUAAAAUAUGCAGAGAAAAAGUGUGCAAACCUAAAGAUAAUUUUUCCCUAAAGAGUUAUUGAAUCUUGGGAUCAUGUGAUGUUGGUACGACGUGUCGAAGUAUAAGUUAGACGACUGAAACUUAACGUCGGUUCAUGGUCGAAACAUGAAGUCAAAAUAUCGAUGUCGAAACGACGUCGUAACAAACUGUAAGGUGUCGCGACGUAGCGACUAUCAACAGAAAUCUGUACGAAGUUGUAGGCCUGCUGAACGUAAAGCGUUGUUAGCAAUAAGCAAACGAGAUAUUUCAGCAUGGAAUGUUCAGUAUCAUUGAAAGCUCAAAUAAAGAACGAAUACAAACAGUUAUAGCAACGAUAAUUUAAAAUUCAAUGAAUGUAAAAUUGCAUAGUAACAAUGCUACGUGAGAAACACCACAAAAACACACAUAAAAUAUUAGAAAAUAAGAAAAAAAAUAUGGUAAAGAUUGUUUAAACUGACUUUGAGAAUUAAUUGCGAUGUAAUAUCUACGAUAAACUGCAGGUCGGCCUGAUCUUAGACCAUGCGAUAUACGAACGAAAGAACAGAGAUGUUGUUGCUUGUUGUAAUAUGAAAGAAGAAUUUCUUUUUCAUUUUUAUUAUGCUUGUUUUCUAAUUAUAUUUGCAGCGUCAAAAGGUGAAUUCAAGCCGUUGUUAAUUUCAAACACGACGUCGCAGUCAAACCAUUCAUUGCAUACUCAACGAGAAAAUAAACAUACAGCCCCAUCUGUAAUGCCUCUCAAACUCAAACAUGAGCAGUGCUGUCAACUUGGUGUGAAUAUUACACCGCGCAAACUUUGUAACUUAGAAACGCAUAUUAAUUUGCUGCAAUCAAAAAUAAAAGGACUAGAUCGAAAGCAUAAAUUAAGAACGGAGAGUGAAGCCAAGUUAAAAUCGUAUAACACAACUAUGGACGAAGCUCUUUUGACAGAAUUAAAACAAUGUCAAGGCGGAGAAAAGCAAGCAGUAUUUAAAAGCUGUUGUAAAAAGCCUGACUCUUGGAAACUUUCAACGUGAACAAAGACAUGUUUGAAGCACUAGUCAACUAACUGAUGACGCGACGUUCAUUACGGUUUGGCAUUCGUCGGUAAUUCUUCAUAGCUCUCCCUCGUUGAGUUAAUUGCAAUUUGCGAUGUUACCCCUUUCGAAAUGAAAAGUGGUAAUGUGAUUUAUUAACGAUAAAUAACGAUAAAUUAAAUAAAAAGGGAAUGGUAACUGUACAAUAUAGACUGAAUUAAUUUAUUUACUUAUUUAUUUUUUUUAGCUGAUAUUUUGUACAAAAUUAUUACAUAGAGACAACGUGUGAAAUAUUACUUCGCCCA